AUGUCAUUGCCGAAGCACUUAUCCAAGGAGCCAAAUCUGGCCAAGGUGCGCCUUGUAAUGGAGCAACUUUGGAGGCGAAUAGAACGAAUCUACGAUGCAAAGCUGCAGGCUAUGAAGGAGCGAGAAGAGAAGGAGGUGGAAGAAAUGGUCGCGCGGCUUCGCCAUGAAUAUAAAGAAAAUCUUCUAAUCAAGCAAAAACAAGUCCGGCUUCUAGACCCAUUUAUCCAUUCAUUUAUUCAUCCAGCACACUUUCCAUGGAGUUUUUGCAGAUUUCUAUUGCGCGAGUCACUUUUAGAUCAGAUAAAGCUUGUGUCAUGCAUGCGUCCCAGUGCCAUAAGGUUGAAAAGAUGGAAGAGAGACUAA